CCAUCUUCUUCCCGCAUUUCUUAUCUCAACUGUCACUCACUUCACAUGUCUUUAGAGAGAGAAACUUUGUCAGUCACUUCUAAGUGACAAUCCCCAAGUCAGAGCAACUUCACUACCGUAUAUUUCUUGGAACCAGAGCAAAAAAUAAAAAAAAAAGAACGAUUCAUUCUUGAUUUAUCAGAGAAACAGAGGAAUCUGGUCUGCUCUGCUUUUUGAAGAGGUAAAUACAAUUCAAGAAUGAAAGAGACUACUGACAAGAGAAAAACUCCAAUUAAUAAUCAGUCAAAACGAUCUGCCAAAACUGAUAAGAAAGACCGAAAACAACCGCAUCCUCAAACAUUGAGUGGGAAGGAAUCUGAAUCUAAGCCCUUGCAUGCUAAACCAGACUCCAUUAAUUUAGUAAGUGAUUCCAACACGGGCUCAGAGCCCUCUGAAGUUUAUGAAAACUUGGUUAUACAUUAUCUGGAUGAUGUCAACAGGUGUGAGGAGGCGCCUCAAGAUCCAAAAUCCGAUUCUAUGACCGAUACAAUUAGUAAGAAUGAGGUGUUAGAUGACCGUUUAAGUGAUUUAGAUAAAGAAUCUAAGCAGGGGAAGGAGGAAGAAUCGGAUACUGAGACAAUUAAAGAUUCAAUAUCAUCUCAGGGGGACUCAUUGACAGCUGAUGAUGAGAGUGUAGAAAAAGUUUCAAGAGUACCCAUAAGUGUUAGCAUUAAGGAUUCAUCAGAAACUUCUCAUGGAUCAAGAUUGAGAUCUGAUACUGUAACUAGCAGAUCAAAAUCGAAAGUAGCAAAUAAAACUCUUAAGAAACCGGCAAAACCAACUAAAGGGUCAUCUAGGAUUACUAGCACAACUUCUUUAGAUAAGAACUGUAAAGACAUGAAAUUUCCUAGCAAGUCUCCAUCAGAGUCUUCUGAAGGAGCUGAUGAUAAGUCCAUUGACGAUGCGAAAGUAGUAGGUGCUUUGGACGAUACCUCGAAUGGUGCUCAGAGUAUUGCCAGUGACAGUGAAACUGUUGAUGCUGAAGAAAGUGGUCAACAUGCGAAUGAGGCAGCUUUAAAUCAGAGAGUUGAAGAGAUGGAAAUGAAAAUCGGGAGACUAGAGGAGGAACUCAGGGAAGUUGCCGCUCUUGAAAUUUCACUAUAUUCUGUAGUACCAGAACAUGGGAGCUCAGCACAUAAGGUGCACACACCUGCACGACGCCUUUCUAGACUCUAUAUCCAUGCUUGUAAGCAUUGGACCCAAGACAAGCGAGCUACAACUGCUAAAAAUACUGUAUCAGGACUUGUUUUGAUUGCCAAGUCAUGCGGUAAUGAUGUUCCAAGGUUAACGUACUGGCUGUGCAAUGCCAUUGUGCUGAGGGAGAUCAUUUCUCAGGCAUUUGGCGGUUCGCGUAACUCAAGCCCGCUUGCAAGGUUUUCUGCAUCCAAUGGGGGUAGCAAGAAAAGUGAAGGAAAGCAUAUGACCCUGAAGUGGAAGGGUGGUUCUGGUAUUAAACAAGUUAAUGGUUCUAUGCAGCUAGUGGACGAUUGGCAGGAGACAGGAACCUUCACAGCUGCCCUAGAAAAAGUUGAAUCAUGGAUAUUUUCUCGAAUAGUUGAGUCAGUAUGGUGGCAGGCUUUGACACCACAUAUGCAAUCACCGGGUGGGAAAUUGUCGUCUAAUAAAUCUUUUGGAAGAUUGUUGGGACCGGCUCUUGGUGAUCAACAGCAAGGCAGCUUUUCUAUUAAUCUGUGGACAAAUGCUUUUCGUGAUGCUUUUCAACGGCUUUGUCCUGUCAGAGCAGGAGGACAUGAGUGUGGUUGCUUGCCCAUUAUAGCCAGAAUGGUUAUGGAACAAUGUGUUUCUAGGUUAGAUGUGGCGAUGUUCAAUGCAAUUCUGCGUGAGUCAGCUCAUGAAAUUCCAACCGAUCCUGUAUCAGAUCCUAUUUUAGACUCAAAGGUUCUACCUAUUCCAGCUGGGGACCUGAGCUUUGGUUCUGGUGCACAACUUAAAAAUUCUGUUGGUACUUGGUCUAGAUGGCUUACUGAUAUGUUUGGCAUUGAUUCUGACGAUCCUCCCAAAGAAGAUCAGCACAGCAGCGAAGAUGAUGAGGAGAAGGAUGGAAAACCCAAAGUCUUUAAUCUUCUAAAUGAAUUAAGUGAUCUUUUGAUGCUUCCGAAAGACAUGCUUAUGGACAGAUCGAUCAGACAUGAGGUAUGCCCAUCGAUUUGUCUUCCAUUAGUGAAGCGGAUUCUUUGCAACUUCACUCCUGACGAGUUCUGCCCGGAUGCCGUCCCAGGAGAAGUACUGGAGGCCCUCAACGCCGAGAGUAUCGUGGAGCGGCGAUUGUCAGGAGAAUCGGCAAGAAACUUCCCUUACACAGCUGCUCCAGUAGUGUACACCCCACCUUCCGCUGUUGAUGUAUCUGAAAAAGUAGCAGAGGUAGGAGCCAAAUCAGAACUAUCAAGAAAUGUAUCUACCGUACAAAGGAAAGGAUAUACCAGUGAUGAAGAGUUGGAACAACUGGAUUCUCCUCUGACUUCCAUUAUCGAAACUCCGCUCUCAUCUCCAACUGCUCUACUCAACGCAAAUGGGAAGGGAAAGCACUUCGAAAUUAAAGGAAAUUCGAGGUAUGAACUUCUUUGCGAGGUCUGGUCUGGCGGAAUGUAAGAGUGAUCCUGUACUGUUGUUUGUAUUGACAGUAUUGUAUAUGUUUGGGUAUUUGUUUAACGCCCAAGUAAAUAUGAAGAAGAAACAGACAAUAAGCUGUGCAAAUGUGGAAAAGGGGUUUAAAUUUCAUUAAGAAAA